AUGCAGAGAUCCAAGUCGAUUGAAAGUAUCACAUCAGUGACAUCAUCAUGUCGAGGUGGAGAAAAAAAAACUCCACCAACACAUAUGUUAAUUCCAAGUGAAGUUGAUAACAAAAUUUUGUUGUUGUCAGUAGCACAUUUGGUUAAUAGUUCAGUAACACGUAUUAAAAUUAAUGCAACAGCAACAUUCAAAAAAGAUAUUAAUGAUCGAAAGCAACGUCGAGGAAAGAUUAUUCAGUUGGGAACCAAGGAAAUAUGCAUGGAGCAGCUUCAAGUUUUUGAAAUGACAGCUGAUGCGAAUGAAGAAAAUACAGCUGAUGAUGAAAUUAAUCAAAUAAAUAAAAAUGAAGAAUAUGACAAAAAAAAAUAUCUUAAAAAACAACGAACAGCAUCGCGUGGCGAAUACGAAUACAACAGCACAAGCUCCAAUUCAAGUAUUUCGGUUAGUUCCAAAAAUCAAACAACAAAUAUUAUGAAAAAGAAGCAUAACAUGAAAUCAAAACUUGUUCAAAUCGAUGAAGGAGCUGAUGAAUCAAGUGCCGAUGAAGAUCAAGUAUUUUGUAAUGCAACAAAUGAUUCAUCAAAUGAUAAAAUGCCGUCAACAAAAUCUAUUCAUUAG